CACAGCCAGUACUGAGGCUGAAAUUGUCUGAGACGGCAGUGGCAGAGGGAGAUGGCGAUGGACUCAGAUCAUGGAGCUUUCGUGGAGAAAUUCCUUCUUCGACCGCCGUCUUCGUCACAUGACCUUCCUCUAAGCGGCCUCACCUUUGCUGUUAAAGACAUAUUUGAUGUGGCUGGACGUGUGACUGGGUUUGGGAAUCCUGAUUGGGCGAGGACUCACCCGGCUGCUGAAUCAACAGCUCCGGCUGUUUCGGCAAUAUUGAGUGGAGGUGCCACAAGUAUUGGUAUAACUGUCAUGGAUGAAAUGGCAUACUGUAUAAGUGGAGAGAACAAGCAUUAUGGCACACCCAGAAAUCCGUGCGCACCAGAUAGGGUGCCUGGAGGCUCUUCUAGCGGUUCUGCUGUUGUCGUAGCUGCAGGCCUCGCAGAUUUUUCCUUAGGAACCGACACUGGAGGAAGUGUAAGAAUUCCUGCUUCGUAUUGUGGAAUUUUUGGGUUUCGGCCAUCUCAUGGUGUCAUUUCUACUUCUGGAGUUACUCCUCUGGCACAAAGUUUCGAUACAGUGGGAUGGUUUGCAAGGAAUCCUACGAUUUUGAAUAGAGUUGGACGAGUGUUACUCCAAUUGCCUGAUACGGGUCCUGUCGUACCCACUCAGUUAAUCAUCGCAGAUGACUGUUUCCAGAUUUCAAGUGUUCCAAGCAGUCGAGUGAAACAAGUACUUGUUGACUCAGUUGAGAAGUUAUUUGGGGGUCAUGUUAUAAAACAUGCUAACCUCGGGGACGUUGUCAAGGACAAAGUUCCAAGCUUGAACUCUUUCUUGGAUAAAGGAAAUCCAAGUGAAGAGUACAUUAUACCAUCAUUGGCAGCCCUAUCAACUGCCAAUCGUCUUCUCGUAAGGUAUGAAUUAAAGAGCAACCAUGGUGAAUGGGUUAGGACAGUCAGACCUGACUUAGGUCCCGGGAUAGCAGAACGUAUAUGGGCAGUUGUUCGGUCAACAGAUGAAAAUGUCGAUGUUAUUCACUCCGUGAUGACUGAAUUGCGUGCUGCUCUUACUGACCUUCUCGGGGAUUUCGGUGUCCUCGCAAUGCCUACAGUUCCAGGGGAUCCACCAAAGCUGCAAACAGAUCCUACUACACUGGGAGCUUUUCGUGCCAGGGCUUUCAGCUUCCUAUCCAUUGCCGUAGUUUCCGGAUUCUGCCAGGUGAGUAUACCACUAGGGAUGUGCAAUAACCUACCUGUUUCGGUUUCCUUGCUGGCAAAGCAUGGUUCGGAUGGGUUCCUGCUCAAUCUUGUGGAGACUCUUUACGACACUCUCAAAGAACAGUUCUCUCUCUUUCUCUCGAUGUUCUCCUCUCCAGCGAGAUACCACACAUACACAUUGUUGAGAGUUGUCCCGUAUCGGAUUUCGGUGUCCUCGCAAUGCCUACAGUUCCAGGGGAUCCACCAAAGCUGCAAACAGAUCCUACUACACUGGACGGUUUUCGUGCCAGGCUUUCAGCUUCCUAUCCAUUGUCGUAGUUUCCGGAUUCUGCCAGGUGAGUAUACCAUUAGGGAUGUGCGAUAACCUACCUGUUUCAGUUUCCUUGCUGGCAAAGCAUGGCUCAGAUGGGUUCCUGCUCAAUCUUGUGGAGACUCUUCACGACACUCUUAAAGAACACUUCGGGAAGUUGUGAAUGUUGACUACAAGAUUUUGAGUUGCAGAUUCUGAUAAUCCUUUCCUAAUAUAUUUGCUGGUAAGCUCUGCUAAUUUGGUACUGUUAUGUUUAAAAAAAAAAAAGGUUUCUGCUGUGUUUUGAGAAUAAACAGUUGUAAAAUAAAGUUGUUGAGCGUUUGAUAAACUUUUAUUGUAAAAAUGCUUGUAAAAAAAAAAAAAAACAGUAUCUGA